UCCCCUUAUCUCCACGAACAGGACCGCGCGCUUGCCCACUUCGGACUUUUACCCUGCGACAUUGAUAGGUGAAGAUAAGACAAACGGAAUUAGAGCAGCUCAAAUAUGUUUUCACCAAAGUCGCCUAAAAACCUUUCCAAGUAUGUCUUCAAGGCGUCGCGCGGCGCAGGGGAGCAGAUUUGUAUGGUUGAAUGUCCGCCGGACUGCACCUGUAGUGUCCACCCGGCCGGCAGCAGCAGGAGACAGUGCGCGCCCCAGUGCAAGGAGAAUGGCUCUGACAUUGAGAAACAAGGCCUUGAUAACUUGGCCUACGAGUACGGGAGUCAGAGUGAGUUCUACCCUCCACCCAAAACUGCCUCCAGAGCAACUCUUAAACUCCUAGGACUCUCCCCCCAGCACCAGGCCCAAGCCAUCGAAAGCAGAAUCUGCAGCCUGAAUGGAGUUCUUGCUGCCAGCUUGUCUCUACCCAGCAGCUUGGCCAAAGUGACUUAUGAUACCUCAGUUAUCACAACCAAAGAGAUCGUUCUGGAGCUCCAGAGCAUGGGAUUUAAUGCAGAGUCAGCAGUGCAGAUCAGGGUGGAUGGUAUGCACUGCCAGUCCUGUGUGCAGUCCAUUGAGGGAAAGAUUGGUCCUCUACCUGGGGUUUCACAUAUCCAGGUGUCCCUUCAAGACACUGCGGCGCUGAUUGUCCAUCAACCUCUUCUAAUUACACAAGAGCAGCUGAGAGACAGCAUCGAGGAUAUGGGAUUUGGUGCGACUUUAUUAGCCGAUGAUCUAUCUGGAUAUGAUAUAAGCUACUGGCAGAGGGACAUAUCGAACUCCACAGUUCACAUUUGGAUUGUAGGGAUGACUUGCAACUCGUGCGUGCAGUCCAUAGAAGGGAGGAUCUCCGAGAUGACAGGAGUGCGGUCCAUAGCGGUGUCACUGAAGGAGGAAAAGGGAACGAUAACCUUUGACCCCAGUCUGACGGAGCCGGAGCAGCUCAGGGCAGCUAUUGAAGACAUGGGCUUUGACGCGUCACUUACAGAACCUGCAUCUGGAAAGAGUGUCCCGGCUCCUGAAGCGUCCAGGCCUGUUAGCUCUGGUCUUUCUGACCUUUCUGACUUGCGUUCGCACAAUAAGGCAGGAGUCAGCAAUGGCUCUGGAUCACAGGAAACCCCUGGAAGCGAGAUUAAAGUGCAAAAAUGCUUCAUCGGCGUAAUGGGAAUGACCUGUGCCUCCUGUGUGGCCAACAUUGAGAGGAACCUGCUCAAACACAAGGGAAUCGUCACGGUGUUGGUGUCUCUCAUGGCUGGAAAGGCGGAGGUGAAGUAUGACUCAGAAGUCAUGAAUGCCGCUGCUGUAACUCAGCUCAUAGAAGACUUAGGCUUUGGUGCCAAGCUGAUCGAGGACAAUGCAGUAACACAUGGGAAACUGGAUCUCACUAUAACGGGCAUGACAUGUGCGUCAUGUGUGCACAGCAUCGAGUCCAAGCUCACCUCAACCAAAGGGAUCCUCGGGGCCUCCGUCGCCCUUGCAACCAAAAAAGCCCAAAUCCAGUUUGACCCGGAAAUACUCGGAGCUCGAGAUAUUGUCAAGAUAAUUCAGAGUCUCGGUUUCGAGGCCAGUCUGGUGAAAUCCGGCUUCAAAAACAACCUCGAUCACACGGGAGAAAUUCAACAGUGGAAGAGCUCCUUUCUGCUCAGCCUUGUUUUCGGCCUGCCUGUCAUGGGCCUCAUGAUCUACAUGAUGGUGAUGGACAGUCAGCACCAGGAGCACGGAGGCUCCAUGCCCGAGGAGCAGAACCUGCUGCCCGGCCUCUCCCUCCUCAACCUGGCCUUCUUCCUGCUCUGUACACCUGUGCAGAUCUUUGGAGGCCGAUACUUCUACAUCCAGGCGUAUCGCUCGUUAAAACACCGCACAGCCAACAUGGACGUGCUGAUCGUGUUAGCUACCUCUAUUGCCUACAUCUACUCCUGCGUGGUCCUCGUCGUAGCCAUGGCCGAGCAAGCCAGCCAGAGCCCCGUCACCUUCUUCGACACUCCACCCAUGCUGUUUGUGUUCAUCGCGCUGGGUCGGUGGCUGGAGCACGUUGCAAAAAGUAAAACCUCAGUGGCUUUGGCCAAAUUAAUGUCCCUUCAAGCCACUGAUGCCACCGUGGUCACUUUGGGACGUGACCACUCCAUCAUCAGUGAGGAGCAGGUGGUGGUGGAGCUGGUCCAGCGGGGCGACAUCGUGAAAGUCGCCCCUGGAGGAAAGUUCCCAGUUGAUGGGAAAGUGAUUGAGGGAAGCUCCAUGGCCGACGAGUCCCUGAUCACAGGGGAGCCGAUGCCCGUCAGUAAGAAGGUCGGCAGUUCAGUGAUCGCCGGCUCCAUCAACGCUCACGGAGCUCUUCUGGUGGAGGCCACUCACGUCGGUGCAGACACAACUCUGUCUCAAAUCGUCAAACUGGUGGAAGAGGCCCAAACCUCGAAGGCUCCCAUCCAGCAGUUUGCAGACAGGCUCAGCGGCUACUUUGUUCCCUUCAUAGUUAUGGUGUCUGUGUUGACGCUGGUCGCCUGGCUGGCAAUCGGGUUUGUCAACUUUGACAUUGUGAGGGACAACUUCCCGGGUUACAACCAGAACAUCUCCAAGGCGGAAGUGGUCGUGCGCUUUGCCUUCCAGGCCUCCAUCACAGUUCUGUCCAUCGCCUGCCCCUGCUCUCUGGGGCUGGCGACCCCGACAGCUGUCAUGGUGGGGACAGGGGUUGGAGCUCAGAACGGGAUCCUCAUUAAAGGAGGCGAGCCGCUGGAGAUGGCCCACAAGAUCCGCGUGGUGAUGUUUGAUAAGACCGGCACGAUUACAAAUGGAGUCCCGCGGGUGACUCGUGUGUUGGUGCUGUGGGAAAUAGCCCGCAUGCCCCUGAGGAAGAUCCUGGCGUUGGUCGGCACAGCAGAGGCCAGCAGCGAACACCCGCUGGGCAUGGCCGUCUCCAAACACUGCAAAGAGGAGCUGGGCUGUGAUUUGCUUGGUUACUGUAAGGACUUCCAGGCGGUGCCCGGAUGUGGGAUCAGCUGCCGGGUUUCCAACGUGGAACAUCUGCUGCAGCAGCAGAACGUAGAGCGCUUCCUGCUGCCGGGAGCCACCACCGACGAAAGCAGUCUGCUCUCUGCUGCCGAGGACACGUCUGCAGGUGAGCCUUCGUCUUACUCUGUCCUGAUUGGGAACAGAGAGUGGAUGAGGAGGAACGGCCACCACAUCGGAACAGACGUCGACGCCGCCAUGUCCAGCCACGAGACCAAAGGGCAGACGGCUAUCCUGGUGGCUAUAGAUGGUAUGCUGUGUGCCAUGUUAGCCAUUGCAGACAUGGUGAAGAAGGAGUCAGCGUUAGCGGUGCACACACUCAACAGCAUGGGCAUCGAGGUGGUUAUGAUAACAGGAGAUAACAGGCGCACAGCUAAAGCCAUCGCUGCACAGGUGGGGAUUAAAAAGGUGUUUGCAGAGGUGCUGCCUUCACACAAGGUGGCGAAAGUGCAAGAGCUGCAGGAAAAAGGGCUGCGAGUGGCCAUGGUGGGGGACGGCGUCAACGACUCGCCGGCCCUCGCUCGGGCCGACGUCGGCAUCGCCAUCGGCACGGGCACCGACGUGGCUAUAGAGGCGGCCGACAUCGUCCUCAUUCGAAACGACCUGCUGGACGUGGUGGCGAGCAUCGAGCUGUCGAAGAAGACGGUGCGAAGGAUAAGGACCAACUUUGUCUUCGCUCUCAUCUACAACCUGGUAGGGAUACCCAUCGCUGCAGGUGUGUUCAUGCCUGUCGGCCUGGUGCUGCAGCCCUGGAUGGGCUCUGCUGCGAUGGCUGCCUCGUCCGUUUCUGUGGUUCUGUCUUCUUUACUGCUGAGAAUGUACAAGAAGACCUCAGUGGAGCAGUAUGAGAUGCGAGCGCAGGGCCAGAUAAGGAGCCUCCGGUCGUCUCAGAUCAGCACACAUCUGGGUCUGGAGCCGCUGAGCCACAGCAGCGCCGGCCCACCCAGCCAGGCACCGUCCAUUAACUGUGUCCAGGAGCGGGACCGCUACUCCUUCCUGGAUCGCCACACUGCAGAGGACCUUAAUGUGUUGUAAAGGGAAAAGGGAAGGACAAAGACUUCACACAGUUUCUAGUUUUCAUGUUUACGCAUUGUGUACUAUGUAUUUAUGUAAAUAGAUGAGGCUAAUUGUGCACAGAAACUCAAGAAGUUCACUUAUUUUGACGUGGCACGUUCACCUUUAGCUUACCUAAACUCUGAGGACACACCGAUCUAUAACGUGUUUCGUAAAAUGUCUAAAAAUCAAGCUGCUAAAACUAAAAGUGAAGGUAUUACUGAAGCGUUCUCAUGUUAUGCUUCUUUUUUGUUUUAUAUUCUCACGCCAGGUGACAGGAGCCACAUAAAUCAAACUUGCAAUAUGAAAAAGUUUUGCUUGUGUGUAUCUGCUGUACAAAUGCACUUUUACAAUAUACAUAACUCAAAGUAAAGCUCCAGUGUUUGGA